UCCAAUCCAAAUACAAUCCAUUAUUUUUUUUGGAGUAACGACAUCGUCGUCUCGUUGAAAAAACAGAAAAAGGGCAUUGGUGGAAAUAAAACUAGUAAAGGACCAAAUUGCAGAAACCAUGGCGCAGGUUCUCACCCAGUGGCCGGCAACUCCGCUGUCACAGCGCCACCAGACCUACAACCACCGCGACUCGGUAUCGGCCGGCGCCAACCCACAUGGUAGUCAGCUCAGCUGGGACUCUCUUCAGAGCAGCCUCAAUUGUAACUCCAGAUUUUAUUGCCUCUUCUCUGAUAACCGCAAACAGCAGGAGCAGGCUAGAAAAGCUUUAGAAAGUGCCCUUGGUGGGAAGAAGACUGAGUUUGAGAAAUGGGACAAAGAAAUAAAGAGAAGAGAGGAGGCAGGUGGAGGUGGUGAUAUUGGUGGAGGAGGUUGGUUUGGAAGAUGGAGUAGAUGGUUUGGUGACGGUGACCAUUUCUGGCAGGAAGCACAACAGAUAGGUCUAACAAUUUUGGGCAUCGUCACCGUGUUUCUGAUCGUUGCUAAGGGUGACGUGAUGCUCGCUGUUGUAUUGAAUCCUUUAUUGCUUUCUCUGCGGAAAACAAGGGAUGGGCUCACCUUCUUAACUUCAUUAGUUACAAAGAAGAUAAAUCCAGCUAGUAGUUUCAACUUGAGUAAAGUUCAGGAAGAGGAAGUUUCCACGCACGUCUCUGCUAGACAGAGUGUGGUGAAGAAAUGGGGAAGUGAUUGAUUACUCAUCCCAAAUGCCUACAUAAUUACGGUGCCAUCCUUUUAACUAGACUGUUUAGUUUCAUAUUAUUUUGUACUUCAGCUUGCGAAAAAAGAGGAAAGAUGUGUCUUGUAACAAAUUUUGAUUGUUGAGGUGCCCCUGGGAAAACUAGACAGUUACAGAAUCGAAGUUUCUUCACUGAAUACAGAUUUAUGUCCACUAAUCACACUUCACCACUUUGUUUCUGUGUUUAAUUCGUACUUUCUUGUGAUUUUCUUUAUAAUUUGCUUCUUAUCCUUUUAUCCCAAUGGGAUCUUGUGUAUCACGGCUCAUUGAGUGCAUAAAAAAUUGAUGCUAUGCUGUAGAAACCAAAGCAUUGUGCUGGGGCUUCUGCCUCAUGGUCCAUAUAUCAUGAGCCGAUGAAGAUUCCUCUGUUUAUUUAUGUUGUUUGUCUUUCUAACUCAGUUAAUUAUCAAAACGAAUAUUGUUCACCUGUAGCAGUUCUUUACUGUUAAACUAAGUUUUGAUGGUUUAUAUAGUUAAGUAAUAGUUUUGGUACACCAUUUACUCUUAUAUGUAAGCUUG